CUGCCCACUUGGUACGGAAAAACAGAAGUUCCGGCAGACAGCCGAAGCAAUUCAUUCCCCCCGCGCUGCCGUUUCUUGCAUUUCAAACCCCAAGUUUCCCAAACGCAGGAAGAAAAACGUCAAGUUAUGAUCCACGGAUCCGUACCGAACACUCUGAUCCAAGGACGGAGAUUGUGACUGCAGCUCGUCUUUUGAUACUACUAGUUCACCCUUCUCGCCCGUUUUUGUUUCACCCGCCCUGUGGCCCGAGCCCGACGCCGCCAUGGACACCGAAACCAACCCUCGAGGCAUCCCGACCUUUCCUUUCAUGAACAACGUGGCCGACUAUGUCAAGUCCGUCGACGAAGUGGAACCCACGCUGCAGAGAUUUCAGGAAAUGGUUUCCAAGUAUACAUUUAUGCAGCAGAACGUGGAGCGUCGGGCGGUGGGCCUGAAGGAGAAACUGCCGGAGAUGAAGAGGACGCUGGAGGUUGUCAAGUUUCUGAAGAAGAAGAAGAAGAAGCAGAAGAGACGGGAUGUCGGCGAGGAAAGCGGUGGAGAGGAGGAUCUAGAAGGCGACGAUGAUCUCCCGGGAGAACAGGCCGCGGCGAGAGACGAGAUUGAAACCACGUUCAGCCUCCAAGACACCCUCUACGCCAAAGCCAUCAUCAAACCCGCCGAGAUCGACGAUGUCUACCUCUGGCUCGGCGCCAACGUCAUGGUCGCCUACCCUCUCGACGAAGCAGAGGAGCUCCUGCAGGGGAAACUGGACAAGGCGAAAGAGAGCCUCGCGGCCUGCGACGAAGACCUCGAGUUUCUGAGGGUGCAAAUCACGACGCUCGAGGUGGCGAUUGCGCGCGUCCACAAUUGGGAUGUGGGGGAGAAGAGGAAGCUGAGGGCCCAAGGCAAACUGCCCUCGGGUGAGGGGGGGAGGGACAACGAGUGAGAGCUGGAAGGUAUAACCUUGGUCUCUUGUCAUCGCCGUCGUCUCUUAUCACCCGAGCACCAAAAGCCAAUAGUCAACUGACAAUCGCCACCCUGCCACCAAGCGCUGUUUCACGGCACAUCUGCCACUUCCAGCGUCAAUCGGACAUGCUGCACGCCUCCCAAAGGCGGUCGACGUGCGUGCGUGGGCCCGUGUGUGUCCUUCAGAGCAACCCCGACAAGUGCUUCUUCUCUACCGGGCAUGCCGACAACGUGCGAGUGACCUGAGGCCUCAUCUGACAUGGUUGAAGUCAGCGCCCGACCUGACAUCUCUUCACAUCAAAUCGUGAUUGGCAGGUCACCAAAUGCACUGGGGUGAGGCUGGGUCCUGGUGGAUACUCGCUGAAGCUGCAUGCCCAUUCUUCCCGCCGGCAAGGCAACAGCCAAGCUUGAUUCCGAAGGAAACUGCUCUAAACAAUCAGGAUACGUUUUCUAGCCGGAAAUAUGGGAGCCAUUCCCUCGAUUCUUUCCAUAUCGAACCUCUAGCAGCGAGCGGUGACGUCGACGGAGACUGUGUUUCGGCGGGAGGCUGACGAGGCUGAGACACCCCUGAGUGAGGAUAGAAAGGCUGGCUACGUGUACUGUACAUUGCUCCUCCACGAGUGCUUGUUGUCGACACGAAAGUGAAGAAAAGAAGAGACCAAAGUGGAGGUAUUGAAUGCCAUGCCUGGCGUCUGUACGCCAGUAAUUAUAGACGUGUUCGUUGAUGCGAAUCUUGUCUGUUCUCAAAGACUGUCCACUCCAAUCACAAUACCAUGGGAUUUCUCAUUCAUCGCCUGCAUCAUUCGUCUCAUUCAUCUCAAUAUGCUCAUUCCGCAUCCCGCAUUCUUCAACGCGCUCGUCGUCUC